GUUCUGUUACGGGUGGUCUAUUCGCGAGCGCUCCAGCGCUCAGCCACUCAACGUUCAGCAUCCACCCCCCUUUCACUCAUGGCUUCCUUGCAGCCGCAUCAAAGUGAAGCACUUUCGCGUGGUGUCGCAUUGGCACUUCCUGGCGAGUCCCUCGCUUGUUACGGUCAUUCAAGACGCCGGAUUUUCAUAGGACCCAUGCCAGAGAAAGACGCCUCGAAGGAUGCCUCCCAAAUAGACUUAGAUUCGUCCAACAGAAAAGUUACAAAUCAAAUUUUAAGGUGGCUGCAUUCAAGCGAUGAAGGAAGUGAUGGGGCCGACGAAUCGUCCACUUCGUUCCUCCAAAACCAUGCAUACCUCGGUUUCCUCCACCAAGGCGGGAGAAAGGAAGAUUGGGGACAGCAAGCUGAGACGGACGAACGACAAAAUAUGUGGAACCGGUGGCAACAAAGCGAAUGGGGUGGAGCUAUGAGACAUCGCAAAAAGGAUACUGGUACCACGCAGCGUUGGGUAGGGGGAAGCUUCGAAAUCGGAAACGUUUUAGGUGUAAACAUUCUCGACAGCCCCCCGGCAUCGCUUCCACAAGCUAAUCAAACCUGUCCUGAAGCAACUGAUGCCCCCUCCACAACUGAUCCCCUUUCUACGGUCGGCGGUCAAACGUUUGUCACAGCUGGGACAGAGUUUUCUCCUAGUGCGGUUCUUAACUCUCAAUCAUCUAUAUUUCCUUCCCCGAGUUCCGAGCCCUCUUCUAGCUCGGAUCUUUUCGCUGCUGGAACGGCUUCCGAGUAUCGACCCUCUGCUAAUGGCAUUAAUGUUGCAUCCCCUGAGGACUCUCAACGACCUACUAUUUUAAAGAAGUCUUCGGCACACAUGAAUACAAAUAAACGAAAGACGACCUUCUUCAUUGGUGGUCGUAUAACCACUCCAACGAGCUCGGACUCACAGCUCUUACCAGUUGGCUUGGACAAGGGGAAAGGGAAGGAUAGAAGUUUCGACCAUGUAAACGAGGGGACCUCCUCGAACUUGCAGCUCUCGAUUGAUGCCAAUGAUAUCCCCGCACCUCCUGCCGCUGUCCUUGCAAGAACUGGAAGCGAAGUGGAUGAAACUAGUGCGGGAGUCACCUUGGAUGAGACUCCCUUACAUGAACAAUCUCAGUGUAAAGAGCGGGGAAAUAUCGUGCUCCGAGACCGAAUGCUCGUCAGAGUCAGCUACACAAAAUCAGAGUCACUACCUUGCCACUUUGAUGAAGUUCAGAAUCGUAUAACUCCUCGUCUUAGAUACGAGGACUGGGCUGAAUUUCUGGUGGUCUGGCGAGGAGAGCGGCUUGAAAUUUACCAAGAUUAUACCUUGCCAGGGAAAGAGCACAUCACUGGACAUAAACAUCUCGCAUUUAUGAUACCUCUCAAAUCUCAACGAACACAUUCAACCCUUUAUUCCUUCACCGACUUCACUUUCUGUAUCUUGUGUCCACGCGCGCCAGUCCGUAACAACCAAACGAAAGCCCGAGCUUUAUUUGACCGUGUGCAAGAAGGGACGAAUGUUUUCAUUUUUAAGCCAAAAUGUCGUACAAGGGCUAUGGACUGGUGCUGGCGGUUAUGGCGUCAUCUUGGCGGCAAAUUACCCCCUUCUAUUGAACUUAGGUGCCCGGCCAUCGGUACACGCGUUGAUUUGGAUGUUCCUGCCGUCGAUGAAGUCAAUAUUGACAAGGCCUAUCACAUGUUUAGCCGGAGAAAUAUCAUCGACACUGUCCGGAAGUCUCUGGCUUCAUCUUGCGGCUCCCAUGAGGCUGCAUCCCGUGACUGGAACUACGUGGUAGAACGUAAAAUUGCAGCAGGCACAACCCUCGAGUUAGCGUGGAACUUGGAAGCAAAGCUGGACUGGGUAUGGAAGGAGGAAGACGUGAUGGGCCAGCCUAGACCGUGGGCCGUCCUCUGUGGGUUGGCAAUGCAACAGGGAACCAAAUCGGCACACCUUGAGCUUAGGCUUGGCCAACACUAUCCGGCUACAAUUCACCUACCCGAUGGGACAAAGGUACACGAACCUCCAUGUAUAGAGGGGUAUCUCGAUCGGAUCAAACCCAGCGGUCAAGGUAAACAACAUAUUUACCUUACUUCGCAUGACGGCCAUCUUUUUGCCCUUUUGCCCUCAAAUUCUCACGCUCCUGUCCCUCCAAACGUUCAUUUAUCUCGUGCCCUAUCAUCACACCAUAAUGAAUCACUAGAAUACACACGGGCUUUUCGUGAGGCCGAGGUCGCACGAGGAGCCUCUCAAAUUGCAGCCGCAUUCGAGGCUUUUGACCUGCGGAAUAUCAGGGAGAUCCGCCGGGCGACCCACGAAACCAUCGAUCGUGAUGCUAGGACCCAUGCCACGGCUACUGUAGCUGGUGGAUCUGUGGGAAACCAAGACAUUUUGACUCGGGACGAGGUUGAUAUCGGUGGCGCCGAGGGUCUUGCGCAGGCUCAUAACAAGAAUCAGCUGCGUGUUAGACGCUGCUUCGAGAUCGUCAUGAUAUCUGGGCGCGUGAUCCGAUUCGAGACAUAUUCUUGCCAGAUGAGUCAAGAAUGGGUCGAACGACUACGCGCACUUGUCGAAUACUGGACACAGCGGCAUCACGUUGAUGCUCGAGAUGAGAUGGACGUAUCUUACUCUACACGCCAUCGUCCCCCUGUCACUCCGCGUGUUACUAAGCAUGCGUCCUGUGAUGGGGAGAAAAUCCCGACGGUACCCAUUGUAGAUGCAGAAUUGAUGCCUGAACUGAGCUCAUUGUACCAUUGGUGCACGCUGGACGAUUGUAGAAGCAUACUCAAGAGUGGCCGUGCAUUUACACGAAAGGGGCUCCAGGGACAGUACAAGCUCGUGCAGUUGUUCCUAGUUGCUGGACGUCUCCUCCAAUACCAAGUCUCACGAAAUUCAUUUCUCUGUCAUAAGAGCAGGGAGAUCAAUCUAAUGGAUUCCUAUGUUUGUUCAGGGUAUCUGGCUGCUCUUACUUUGCGGCCAGGCGAGUAUCACCCUGAAACUCCCAGUGUUGCCCGUCGCUACAUUGACGGAUUCGAAGCCGAUGACCCAGAAGAGGAUGUGCUCUUCGCUAUCUGGUACCGCAAAAGUAGGGCUGGAGCUGCGGGCAACGUGCCUUCUCUCUCGGCAAAGCACAGGGUUAUUGUCUUCAGGACAAGAAGCAGGGUUGAAAGGGAUGCGUGGUGUUGGGCACUAGGGUGCGAAAUCGAGAAGCUCGUUAGGGCAAACAAAGAGAGGGAAGCGAAACUAAGAGACGCCGGAGGACUUGUGGAAAUGUCUGUUCUUGGAGACUGAAUGUCGCACUACAGACUGUAUACUGCACUUAUAUACCAUGAAGUCGUAGGCCAUG